GAGGUCUUGCUGUGUAGCCUUCAGCCCUCAUACAGCGAGCGAUCAAAGAGAAAUCACGGGAUAACUGCUCGUCGUGGAUUGACUUAUUUUAUUGCUGCUUCAACCUGAAAGACAGAAACACUUGGAUUCUAGCGUUGUUCGCCAUCCCUGCCUAUUAUUGACUGUCAUCGUGAACGUUUCAACUGGUGUUUGGGUGCUGAUACGAUGCUGUCAGGAAUUUGGACAAGGGCGGGCUGGUCUUUUGGUUUGGUUUUACCGUGAUUUUUUUUCUCCUUUCCGAAUCUUGAAGCAGCGGAUGAUACAGCAUGAAAGAAGUCAAUAUAUUUACAUUUUAAAUGAUUUAUUAUUUAAAACUUUAUUGUUCUAAAUGUUUUUGAAGGGGAAUGAAUGGAAAUGAUCAAUAGGACAUUGUAUUCAAUGAGGCCAGCUUAUAUUUCGAUUUUUUCCAAACGCACACUUUUUCUGCACUCUGCGCGACGAUGUGGUGUGGAUGAAGUGUGUGUGUUGUGAUGCGUUUCUCGCUCGUUUUCACUGAAACCUGUUUGGAUUUCCCGUUUUGGAUCUGCGAAUUUCCAGAAUGGCUCGCUUUGCAGAAGAUCUACCCACUCGCUAUGGAGGAGGCGCAGGCGGCGGAGGGAGAGGUGGACCGGUUUCUGCGCGAGGUGGAAUACGUGGCGGUGGCGCUCCGGGCGGCCAAAGAAUGUACAAGCAGUCGAUGGCUCAGAGAGCUCGGACAAUGGCCAUUUACAAUCCCAACCCUGUCAAACAAAACUGCUUCACUGUUAACCGUUCCCUCUUCAUCUUCCGCGAGGACAAUCUAAUCCGGAAGUAUGCAAAGCGAAUAACAGAGUGGCCUCCAUUUGAAUAUAUGAUCCUGGCUACAAUCAUCGCCAACUGCAUUGUCUUGGCCCUGGAGCAACAUCUACCUGCAAGUGACAAGACACCUAUGUCGGAACGCUUGGACGACACAGAGCCCUACUUUAUCGGAAUAUUCUGUUUUGAGGCUGCCAUUAAGAUCAUCGCCCUCGGCUUUGCAUUUCAUAAAGGCUCCUACCUCCGCAAUGGCUGGAAUGUAAUGGACUUCGUAGUCGUACUUACAGGAAUCUUGGCUACAGUAGGCUCAGACUUUGACCUGAGAACACUGCGAGCUGUAAGGGUGCUGAGGCCGCUGAAACUUGUGUCAGGAAUCCCUAGUCUUCAGGUUGUCUUGAAGUCCAUAAUGAAAGCCAUGGUUCCUCUGCUUCAGAUCGGCCUGCUGCUCUUCUUUGCAAUUGUCAUGUUUGCCAUCAUUGGGGUGGAGUUUUACAUGGGCAAAUUCCACACCACCUGUUUCAGAAACGACACUGGUGAGAGAGCAGCAGAGUGGCCUUGUGGUCUGGAUCCCCCAGCCAGGACAUGUCCAAGUGGCACAGAGUGCAGAGAGUACUGGACUGGACCAAACUUUGGUAUCACCAAUUUUGACAACAUCUUGUUUGCAGUACUAACUGUCUUCCAGUGCAUCACAAUGGAGGGCUGGGUCGACAUCCUCUACAGCACUAAUGAUGUGGCAGGGAACACUUGGAACUGGCUGUACUUCAUCCCCCUCAUCAUCAUUGGUUCUUUCUUCAUGCUCAACCUGGUGCUGGGUGUUCUGUCCGGAGAAUUUGCCAAGGAACGAGAACGUGUGGAGAAAAGGCAGGAGUUCCUGAAGCUUCGACGCCAGCAGCAGAUCGAGAGAGAGCUCACUGGCUACCUGGAGUGGAUCUGCAAAGCGGAGGAGGUGUUGCUAGAGGAGGAAGAUGAGAUUGCAGAAGAGAAGUCCCCACUGGAUGGUGCGUGGUACAAGAGGAAACAAAAUCUUCCAGUUCUGAAACGAAGCAAAGCAAAGAAAUGUAAAAGUGACCUGAUUGGUGCUGAAGAAGGGGAAGAUCCUUUCACAGACAUCUCCUCUGUUGCUCCUCCUAGCUCUCCGUUUGGUCGAGCUAGUGUGAAAAGUGGCAAGAUGGACAGUUCAUCAUACUUUCGACGAAAAGAGAAAAGAAUCCGCUUCUUCAUUCGACGCAUGGUCAAGGCCCAAAGCUUCUACUGGAUAGUUUUGUGUCUAGUGGGCCUCAAUACCAUGUGUGUGGCUAUUGUACACUAUGAUCAACCCGAGUGGCUUACCAGAGCCCUGUACACAGCAGAGUUUGUGUUCCUAGGUUUGUUUCUGACUGAGAUGUCGCUGAAGAUGUACGGCCUUGGAGCAAGGAAUUAUUUUCACUCGUCUUUUAACUGUUUUGAUUUUGGGGUAAUUGUGGGAAGUAUUUUUGAGGUGAUCUGGGACAUGAUUAAACCAGGAGCAUCAUUUGGUAUCAGUGUGUUGAGAGCCCUACGUCUGCUCAGGAUAUUUAAAGUCACAAAAUAUUGGAACUCACUGAGGAACCUCGUGGUUUCCCUCCUCAAUUCCAUGAAGUCCAUCAUCAGUUUGCUCUUCCUCCUCUUCCUCUUCAUCGUUGUCUUUGCUCUACUGGGCAUGCAGCUUUUUGGAGGACAGUUUAACUUUGAAGAUGAGACGCCAACAACUAAUUUUGAUACCUUCCCAGCAGCUAUCCUAACUGUGUUCCAGAUUCUGACUGGUGAAGACUGGAACACUGUGAUGUACCAUGGGAUCGAGUCUCAAGGAGGCGUUCGACGUGGCAUGUUCUCCUCCAUCUACUUCAUUGUUCUUACACUCUUUGGAAACUACACUCUCCUGAACGUCUUUUUGGCUAUCGCUGUGGAUAACCUCGCCAAUGCACAGGAGUUGACUAAGGAUGAAGAGGAACAAGAGGAGGCAGCUAAUAAGAAGCUUGCUUUACAGAAGGCAAUGGAAGUGAAAGAAGUCAGCCCGAUGUCAGCAGCCAACAUCUCGAUCGCUGUUUUUGUAAAGCAAAAUCGAGAUGCACUCUCUCGCAGGUCGUCCAUCAGCAGCAUUCAGUCACCUAAAGAGCAGCAGCGCACAGCAAAGUCCAUGUCAGUGUGGGAGCAGAGGACCAACCAACUGAGACGACACAACAUGAGGGCAAGCAGCGAGGCCCUGUUCAACGAGCUCGACCCAGAGGAGCGCCUCCGGGUAUCUUCCGCCCUUCAUUUGCACCCGGAUGUGAUGACUCACCUGGAUCGUCCACUUGUGGUGGAAUCGAGGAAUGGUGACAAACCCAGCAGGCCAACAGAAGGGGAAAGGAAGGAGGCUGGGGAUGACUUCUACAUGCACGCAAGGAAACAUCACCGACAUCGAGAUAAGAAUGGAGACAGCAGGAAUGUCGGCAAUGGUCGAGGGGGACGGCAUCACACGCAUCAUAGAGGGAGCAGGGAUCAGAGCACCAAUGGUGCCCAAAUGAAAGACAGGAGGGGGGAGAGGUGCCACCACCACCAGGGUGGCUCUCCUGAUGAAGUGGCCAAUGACACACAAGGAGGAGUAGAAGACAGAGGACAUCGCCACCACCACUACCAUCGUCCACCAAAAGAAGGAAAUGGGGUAAUAGCCAACAGUGAUCAGGGGGAGCGCCGAGUGAAAGGAGGAGGAGAAAGUAAUGGAGACAGAAAGGCACGUUGCUCUCGCAUGGUCAGAGCUCACUCUACUCUGGAUGGUGAUGACAGUAGGAGAAAUAAGAAAGGAGACACAUGUAAUAGAGAGAGGCAGGAAGACGCUGAGGAGAACUCCCUCGCCACCACUCCUUUACAGCCAAUACGGAGUAGCCUGGGUCAUGGAGAAAAGCAAGAGGACGCUGACAACCAAGAGAAUUCUACCAGGGCCAGCCAGGCCGGCCUUAAUAGCAACACCAUCCACAUCCCUGUUACCAUCACUGCUCCACCUGGAGAUACCUUCAUUCCCAUGACCAAUAUUGACUGCGACAACACCGAAGUCAGUAAGGAGAAGAAGGACCUAGAAGAAGAGGAGACUAAUGGGCCUCGGCAGAUGCUUCCCUACAGCUCCAUGUUUAUCUUUGGGCAGACAAACCCGGUGCGGAAGCUCUGUCACUACAUAGUCAACCUUCGCUACUUUGAGAUGUGCAUCCUGAUGGUCAUUACCAUGAGCAGCAUUGCUCUGGCAGCUGAGGACCCCGUGCAAGCUAAUGCACCACGCAACAAUGUUCUUAAGUACUUAGAUUAUGUCUUCACUGGAGUCUUUACUUUUGAAAUGGUGAUUAAGAUGAUUGACUUGGGGCUGCUCCUGCACCCUGGCUCUUAUUUCCGUGACCUGUGGAACAUUCUGGACUUUAUUGUCGUCAGUGGAGCUCUGGUUGCCUUCGCCUGCUCAUCGCAACAAAACGUGUCCAGAGGGACAACGGGCAAGGACAUCAACACCAUCAAGUCCCUGAGGGUCCUCCGAGUCCUGCGGCCACUGAAGACCAUUAAACGUUUGCCCAAGCUAAAGGCCGUGUUUGACUGCGUGGUAAACUCUCUGAAAAAUGUUCUCAACAUCCUCAUUGUUUACAUCCUCUUCAUGUUCAUCUUCGCGGUUAUUGCUGUGCAGCUCUUUAAGGGUAAAUUCUUCUACUGCACUGAUGAGUCCAAAGGUCUAGAAAAAGAAUGCAGGGGUCAAUUUCUGGAUUACGACCGGGAUGAUGUAGAGGCUCAGCCCAGAGAAUGGAAAAAGUAUGAGUUUCAUUAUGACAACGUCCUCUGGGCCUUUCUAACACUCUUCACUGUCUCCACUGGAGAAGGCUGGCCACUGGUUCUGAAGCACUCUGUAGAUGCGACAUACGAGGAUCAGGGUCCCAGCCCAGGCUUCCGCAUGGAGACUUCCAUAUUCUAUGUGGUCUACUUCGUGGUGUUCCCCUUUUUCUUUGUCAACAUAUUUGUAGCUUUGAUCAUUAUCACCUUCCAGGAGCAAGGAGACAAGGCUAUGGCGGAGUGUAGCCUGGAGAAGAAUGAGAGAGCUUGUAUUGACUUUGCCAUCAACGCAAAGCCACUGACAAGAUAUAUGCCAGAGAACAAGCAGUCCUACCAGUACAAGAUGUGGAAGUUUGUCGUGUCCCCCCCAUUUGAGUAUGCCAUCAUGACUUUAAUUGCCCUCAACACAAUUGUGCUGAUGAUGAAGUUCUACGGAGCUCCUGAUGUAUAUGAGUCCAUGCUGAAAUACCUAAACAUCAUCUUCACUGCUCUCUUCACACUGGAGUGCAUUCUCAAGAUAAUUGCCUUUGGGCCACUGAACUAUCUGAAAGCAGCGUGGAAUGUGUUUGACUUUGUUACUGUGCUGGGAAGCAUCACAGAUAUCCUAGUCACUGAGAUUAAGGACAAGAUGAUCAACCUAAGUUUCCUGAGGCUAUUUCGAGCAGCUCGUCUCAUCAAGCUUCUGCGGCAGGGCUACACCAUCCGCAUCCUGCUUUGGACAUUUGUUCAGUCUUUUAAAGCUCUGCCGUACGUCUGCCUGCUCAUUGCUAUGCUGUUUUUCAUCUAUGCCAUCAUUGGAAUGCAGGUGUUUGGUAACAUCGAAUUGAACGACGAAACUGCCAUAAAUCAACACAACAACUUUCAGACCUUUUUCCAGGCCUUGACGCUUCUCUUUAGGAGUGCGACUGGAGAGGCUUGGCACGAGAUCAUGUUAGCAUGUCUCAGUAACCGCCAGUGUGAUAAACAUUCAGGAACUACAGAAAAGGAGUGCGGAAGUGACUUUGCGUACUUCUACUUUGUCUCCUUCAUUUUCCUUUGCUCGUUUCUGAUGUUGAAUCUCUUUGUUGCUGUCAUCAUGGACAACUUUGAGUAUUUGACAAGGGAUGCCUCCAUCCUGGGACCCCAUCACCUUGAUGAAUUUAUUCGGGUGUGGGCAGAGUAUGACCCCGCUGCCUGUGGGAGGAUAUGCUAUCAGGAUAUGUACAAAUUGUUGCGUUUUAUCUCGCCUCCCCUGGGUCUGGGGAAGAAGUGCCCUAACAGGGUGGCUUAUAAGCGACUGGUGAAGAUGAACAUGCCCAUUGCAGAUGACAACACAGUGCAUUUCACGUCUACGCUCAUGGCCCUGAUUCGCACAGCCCUGGAGAUCAAACUGGCAUCUGGGGUUCUGGCACAGCAAUUGUGUGAUGCUGACCUGAAGAGAGAAAUAAAUCGAGUUUGGCCCAACUUAUCGCAUAAGACCAUCAACCUGCUGGUGACACCACAUAAAUACAAUGAGCUGACAGUGGGGAAGGUCUAUGCUGCUCUGAUGAUCUUUGACUACUAUAAGCAGAAUCGUACCAAAAGGCUACAACAGCAUAAUUCUUCAGGACUAACUCAGAGUAAACUGGGUGCGUUGUUUCGUCCCGUGCUGCCUUUCACGCACCUACAGGAAGUACAAUCUUCAAUCUGCAGCCCCAAAGAGCUCUUUUCCCCCCAGCCUGAACCAGAAUCAAAGCCAGAGGCCCCAACCCCUAACACAGUAAAAAAACAGAUGAAUGCCAUUAAACAUUCGCGAUCAGGAGACUUUUUUCAGGCUGCACAGAAGCCAAAAGCUCAAAGGAAACUACACAGGGGGCAGUCAGAAGAUGUUCCAUAUGCCAUUGAACCUCAGGAAUGUGUUGAAGUGAAACAUGUGGAAAACACUUCUGACACAGAGGGAUAUCCCAGCCUCGAAGGCCACUACAGAGCAGCUUCUCUUCCCAGACUCAAUGCUGAGUACUAUCGGAGCCACCCUCGCCACGCCCCUGGGACCCACCUUGCACUGAUUGUUGACGUUAGUCCUAUACGGCGCUCUGCAUCCUCUGUUACACCGCAGCACCAUCAGGAUGUCAAGCUCAGGGAAUAUGACUUGGAAAGGCCUAAGCAGGCCCAAUCGUUGACAGAAACAGGAGUCCAGGGGCACGACAGAGUCCACCACCAUCAUCACCACCACCGCUGCCACCGACGGCGGGAUAAAGACAAAACACAAAAGUCGCUGGAUAGAGCGUCGUCAGUGCAGGCAUCCAGCACUGUUGCCGAAGGUUCCUCCAGAGAACGGGCGAGAGAGCGGGACCGUGGCCGACCCCAUGAGAGGAGACACCACUCCUCAGCAGGAGAGAAGCAGCGCUACUACUCUUGCGAGCGCUAUGGUGGCAUAGAACAGUGCUAUGCCAAGUCAGCUGGUCCCAGUCGAUCCACAUCUCCGGGGGAGGGACAGGAAGCUGCUUUGCUUAAACAGAUCGGUAGUCAUGUGAUUAAAGCUGGCCUGACACACGCUUCUGGUUCAAGCACACCGGGUCGUGGUCGCAGACAACUCCCCCAGACGCCCCUCACUCCACGUCCUGCUGUAGCCUACAAGACUGCCAAUUCCUCGCCUCUCCUGUCCAGUGCCAGCACCACUACAACUGGACACCAGCCUCGCCUAAGCUGUGGCCUUCCAGAGCAUGACUGCUUACUGGGGGGCCACGAAGAGUCCCCGAUUCCAGUAACCCGCCUUGGUUUGGACCCUAGUUUAAAACAGCCACAGGGUGCCUCUCAACAGGCCUUGUUUGAAGACACAGAGAACUUCCAGGAUGCUGUGAGCAGUCACGGAGGGGGACGGUCUGCUAGAACUGCUGCCUCCACUACAGCCUCAGCCUCACAUGGAACUGCAACUGCUCCUGUCACAGCACCGGCCACUCACAGUCGGUCAGGGAUGGUGCCUAAUGGGUACCACUUCACCCUUGGGGUAAACUCUGCAUCUGGAUCUGGAAGCAGAAGUACAGGAAGUCUCAGGGAGAAGGAUGAAGAAGACUGGUGCUAACAUGGCAGAGAACCUUUGAACAGCGGGCAUGGGCAGCUUGUCACUGCCCUGAAUUAAGACAGUGGAAAGUGCUGUAAUAGGGGCUCAUCCAGUCAUUCCAUUAUUCUCCUUUUUAUACAACCAAAAAGUACCACACAGGACUUUUUCUAUCCCCUUUACUUGCACUGAAAUUAUAGCACAUGUGAAAACCCUAAAGUAUUUUGCCUUGGCCAGUAAACUCAAUGUUGGAACAGAUGGCGAAAAAGCCAAUUGCCACAUGCUGGUAUUAAUGGCUGCUCACACCACUGUUUUAAUUAUCGUUUGUGUUUUGUUAUGUUUGUUAUGUAGGUAGGAGAAGACAACUUAUUUAUAUUGAAGCUCAAACCAAAUUAUGUUCCUGUUCUUCAUUUGUUGCUUCUGAUGACAACAGCCUUUUUACAUUUUUUAGAUUUCUGCCAUGAUACCACAGAGUAGUGUGACAAAAAUCAACCAAUGGGCUGAGUUAUAACAGAGGGGUAUUGCACAAAAGUGGAUUAAAGAUACUGUGUACAAAAUAAACAUCUUGUCCUCAUCUAGUCUAUAAUCCUCAUUCUGGGUUAAGACAUCAUAAGAAGGAGCACUUGCUGUAAGUCAAGCCAGGUGUAUGUAGAUGCAUUAAGUACACAUUCACAUAUUUUAAAGACCACAUUAUUAGGUUAUAUAAUUAGAUUAGUAUUGAUCCCAAAUUUACUGAUUAAUUAUGGACAAAAUGUUUACUGCAUAACUUUUUCCUGCAGCACAGCAGGAUCUAUAUAAGAAAAAAGAAGAAAACGUAGAAGUACAAAUCUCCAAACAAGGGACUGGCUUAAUUAAAUAGUCCAAAAGUAAUUGAGUGCUCCAGAUUCACCAGUUCUAGUUUAACUAAACUAACUAUAGAUGCCGUACAUGCAAUCAUCUGCUGUGCAUAUGUUACUCAGGAAAAGUUUAUUCACCGAACACAUUUUGUCCACUGAAUUACUUUUACCAACUCGUAUUUGUAGAAUUGAAUGUUUGCAGUUGAUUUGUUGGGGUUUAGUCAUGUAAGAUCCUAAACCUUAACUUGUAAAGUGCCUUGGGAUAACUGAAUUGGCGCUACAGUAUAUGAUUAAAAUUAAAUUGAUUGGGUAAUUUUAACCAAUUCCAAUUCAUUUGAUCUUUUGAUUUAACUUAAUGUGUUAGAAUGUCAGGUCAAAACAGAAGCUGACAACAGGUCAAAAUAAAGUGCAACAUUUUUCAGGUCGAUUAAUGGCAUUAUUUGCAAUAGUGUACAAAUGAAGGAGAGAAAGAAUCUGACCUUUAUGAGCAAGGACAACAUAAUUCUAUUAGUUUGAAUCUAAAUGCUUGUCUCAGUAUUACAAUUUCCUUGUAUGUUGUCUAAAAUGUCCAACAUAAAAAUGUAUAUAAAAAUAGUGUACUGUAUGUGUACUGGACUGUUCCAUUGUUAUGGGCAUCAUUCAAACAUCUUUUGCAACGUCAUUUUCAAUGUCAUUUGUUGUCAUUGUAAAAGAGCGUCAAUAAACGCUCUUUUACAAUGACAACAUAAACAGCAGUCUUCAUAAUACUAGCUCUGACAGUCACGAUUACUACAUAAGUAUGAAUAAACAUAUAAAACAAAGAACAAACAAACAUAGGAGAUGUUAGCUCAAUGAAAAUAUCUGUGGUAUUUAAAUUCUGUAUAUUUCAAAUAAGGGAAUAGAAUAGAUCUCUAUGGUAAUUAGAUUGGGUUUAAUUGAUCCAAGUUUCCUGCAAUGAAGCUUACGUUCAAUCAGGAUACCUGGGAAUUUUUGGCUUUAUCCCGUUUUGUGCAAAACCCCUCAGAUUUUACUUGGAUCACGUUUUUGCUAUUUAUAUUAUAUAACAUACACAGGGACUAUAUCAAGUCUUUCCUGAUAUUAUGUGGCUACAUACUAAGUGCCUCAUUUUUUCUGAGAUAUAUUGAGAUGCAGACUGGUCUUGGGUGGGAUGGUUUGAACUAAUUUAAGUAUGAACACAGCUGAGAGGAAGUGGUGGAAAUAAAGCUUGUGUUUGAGUUUGGUAAGAAAGCAGAAUGCAAAAAAAGUACUAUAUCUUGUGGUGAGUAAUUACAGAUCCAAAGUAAGCAACAUAGUGCAUGCCAGGGUCUUGAACUUGUCAAAAAAUUGUGUCUGUUCUCUUACUUAAGAGUGUGUGCUAAGCGUUUGCCUUUCUCUUUCAAAUCUACUGCAAGUCAGUUGGUUUAUGUAGAACAGUCUCUGAAUGCUAAAAAGUGCAAUUUUUUAUAUGUAAUAACAAAAAUAUGUCAUUCUGAAAUAUUUGCCUCAGCAAACUUAAAGUGUAUAUAUAAUAUGUCUGUCAUAUUUACUCACAUUUUAUGGGUUUCCCUUUCUUCUCACCUCUUUUCUCUCACAGCAGUAUUUUAGGCAGUGACCUAUGUGCAUACUAACGGGUACAAGUUAUGUUGUUGCUGCAGACUGUUGUAAUAAAGUAGGGCUAUGCAACAAGAUGACACUUCACCACUGCCCUGUAGCUUCACCCUCUUUUAAUUUCCAGGUUCAGGCUUUAGUGUGACUGUGACCAAAUUUGACGAGUUAUACAUUGUAAAAUAUUUUAUACAGUUACCUGAAAACACAUAAUGGGGCACUGAUACUGAUACUAAGAUGAUACUGGAUGUGAAAUACAGGACAUUUUUGAAUUAUCAAGUUGACUUCAUGAUGGUUCUCCAGUUUAGCACCUGGAAUACAAAAACCUUCAUCAGACCUGGGUCUAAAUAAUUUUGUGCUUUUAUACUUGUUUAGAGAUGCCAUAUUAAAUUAACAUCCACUGAAAUUAAAUUUCAGUAGAUGCCCUUUAAAGCGUUUUUGUAUCUCAGGUCUAGUCCAGGUUCAUAAACUGAAUCUCCAAAUGUAAAAUCUUUUAUUCCCAGAUCCAAAGUCCAUAACCUAUAAAUCCAAAGCUGCAUCUUAAACAUAUAUUUCAAUCCGUUGCCUAAGGCUAUUGCCUACAAUCUGACUUUUGAAAGGGACAGUUAUUUGAAGGAUUUGUUUUGAGUUAGAUAUUUUUACACAGAUCAUCCAACAUUAAACUGUAUCAUUAAACAGUGAUUAUAUUAUGUCAAAAACAUAUCUAUAUCUAUAUAUGUGUGUGAGUUUGAGUGCGUGUGUCUUGCGGUGUUUGUACUGGUUUGGGUUUUCUCUAAGCAAGCAAGCACAAGUUGGAAACUUGAUCCAAGUCUGAUUGUUCUCUUACGUUUUAGUUCACAUUUUGUAGUCUGAUAUCUUUGCAGUCUAUGUGAUGGGUCAUCGAAAAGAGACAUAGACUUUAAAGCAAUAAGGUCUGACUGUAGGCGUGGUUUCCUUCUAAUGUAAUGCGUACAUUGCUUCAGGUCACAUUGUCUUUAACAUGUCUGUAAGUUGCCGUGUUGGAACAGACAUUUGUGUUAAUGUCUCCUGUAGAUUUAAAAGCAUCAUCCAGCAAACCUGACAUAAAUACGUGCCAAGAUUUUCUCUUGCCGUUUUACUAUGUCUGCCCCCCUUUGGACAUGUCCUGUUUGCAUGUUCUAAAAAAAAUGUGCACGUGAAAAUAGAGGUGUUGUUUGACUUCAUUAAGUUCAUUAUUUGUGCAGUUUGUUUGCUAGCUGUAUUUGCUGAUUAUCUAAUAAGAAAAUGUAUCUGUUUCAGGUAAAGGGAGAAACACACUAGCUUGAAUAACAUUUUAUGUCAAAACUCUUUGAGAGGAGAUUCUGGGGUGGCUCAGUCCUUCACUGCCUGAUCUGUUACUUGACUGUCUCACCCACAGUUAUUUUAACUGUACCUAUAGUUUUUCUUGAAUAAAGAGGUAUGAUUAUGAAGGUAAA